UAUGACUCAUCUCUGCUGCGCCAUCAAUGGAGGGGGGCGACCGUGCAGAGGUUCCAUUAUUACUGAGUUCCGCGCCCACCGGAAAAGAAAACGACAUCGCAUCCUUCGCCGGCGGCGACAUCGAGGUCAUCAGUGGAGUCGGGGAUUUCUUCCGGGAGUUCUGUGCGGAGUCAAAGAAGCUAUGGAACCUCUCCGCCCCGGCCAUUUUCACGUCCGUCUGCCAAUACUCCAUCGGAGCCAUCACUCAGGUCUUCGCCGGCCAUGUCGGGACCGUUGAACUUGCUGCCGUCUCCGUCGAGAACUCCGUCAUCGCCGGGUUCGCUUUCGGCGUCAUGUUAGGGAUGGGAAGUGCACUAGAGACGCUAUGUGGGCAAGCAUUUGGGGCAAAACAGGUACACAUGUUGGGAGUUUACAUGCAAAGGUCAUGGAUCAUCCUCAACGCCACAGCCCUAAUCCUACUCCCCCUCUACAUCUUCGCCGCGCCGGCUCUGAGGUUCAUCGGGCAGACGCCGGAGAUAUCCAAGUCGGCCGGCGUCUUCGCCAUCUGGAUGAUCCCCCAGCUCUUCGCCUACGCGAUGAACUUCCCCAUCCAGAAGUUCUUGCAGGCGCAGAGCAAGAUCUUCGGGAUGGCGGCGGUCUCCGCCACGGCCAUCGCGGGCCACACCCUCCUCAGCUGGCUCCUCAUGCUGAAGCUGGGGUGGGGCAUGGCCGGCGGCGCGGCGGUGCUCAACCUGUCGUGGUGGUUCAUCGUGGCGGCGCAACUUGUGUACAUCUUUAGUGGGAGUGGCGGGGAAGCUUGGGAUGGAUUCUCCGUUAUGGCUUUUCAGAAUUUGUGGGGCUUUGUUAGGCUGUCUCUUGCAUCCGCUGUUAUGCUUUGCUUAGAGAUGUGGUAUUAUAUGGCUCUUACUCUCUUCGCCGGAUACCUCAAAGAUGCUGAAGUCGCAGUUGAUGCCAUUUCUAUUUGGUUAGUACCUUUACUUUCUUUUUAAUUACUCACUCCGUUUCUUAAAACUCUUCCUCUUUCAUUUUUUUUGUUUUUCUUAAAACACUUCCCUUUUCUAUUAAAAACCACUUUUACCCCUACUUUUUCAUACCCUACCUAUCACAUCAUACUUUUUCACUAACAACUAAACCAUCACAUCUUACUUUUACCCAUAACAUCAAGGGCAAAAUUGGAAAGUCAACUACAAUUUAAUACUUCCUUAUUCUUUCCCAAAGUCAAAAGGGGAAUUGUUUUGAGAAACAGAGGUAGUAUGUUUUUAUUUUUAAACUUUAUCCUAAAUAAUUAUGACUCAUUCACUCAUUUCAUUUUAAGAGUAGCAAUAUAUAUAUACAGUAAGUACAAUGUUUCUCUUCAUUUUAAAGGCAUUCUAACCUGUUUAUAACAGAUCAUCUUUUAUAAUUGUUUGUCUUUUUUAAAGGCAUUAUAACCGGUCCGAUUUAUAAAAAAAAGACACCGGUUAGAAUGCCUUUAAAAUGACUUUUAUUUAUAAUUGUCUGUCUUUUUUAUUUUCCAUCAUCUUCGAUGUAGCCAAAAUUUCACUAUUUUUUGGCUUUGGGUGUGAUGGAAAUUAAUGAAACUUUCGACGUUGAGCCGGGAGUCUCUUUGGAAACAGACUCUCUACUUUCGACUAGGGGUAAGGU